UCAAGGUUUCAGCCAUGGCCGGUUACUUGCCGACGGACUUCCCCUACUUUCGUCCGCCCCCGCCGCCGCGCUGGUGGCGGUCACCGCCACCGCCACCGCCAUCGCCGCCGAUUCAGGUGACGUCCCAGAGGUCAAGGGAUAACAGCCCGGCGUCCCACGGCGGGGUCAUUGCGGGCGUCGCCAUCUCCGUCGCGGCCUUCCUGCUCGUGCUCACCUUCGUGUGCAGCCUCUGCCGAGGGUACCGCAACAGCCGCGCCAAUGCCGCCGCUGACGCCGCGGCGGCGGCAGCGGCCCUCGCCGCGCGGCCGCGGGUGCCAGCGCCGCCAGUACUGCUGCCAGUGGCAUGGGACGACGAGAACGAGGACCAGCAGCAUCUGCGCGGCCGAGACCGCAGCAGCGGCCGCCCGCGGCGCGUCAGCCCGACGGCUGGCCUCCCGUCGUUCACGUACGACCGGUCGGUGCGGCACAAUGUGACGGGCAGCGGCGAGGAGGCAGCGACGUGCUCCGUGUGCCUCGGUGCGUUCCAGACCGGGGAGACGGUGCGGCUGCUGCCGGUGUGCCUGCACCUUUACCACGUCGAGUGCAUCGACCCGUGGCUGGACGCGCACGCGACGUGCCCGAUCUGCAGGUCGGGCACCGAUCCGGACAUGGACGGCAGCCUGCUUCCUCCGGUCUAG